UUCUAAUAUAUUACCCUUAAUCUACAACAUAUACAACCUAGAGUUUUAGGAAAUUUAAAAAUAAGAAGAUAUAGUUGAAAAUACUAAUGCAAUAAAAGAAUCUCAUUUAAAAAGAACAUUCAAAUAAUUUCAAUAAUUAUUAAGAGAUCUAGAAUACGCUAAAAUUGAAGAAUGAAGUAUUGUUAUUACUAAUAAAUAAAUAGUUAAAACAGGGAGGAUAAGAAGAAGAAAAGAAAAGCUCAAGCAUUUUUAAUCGAAGUAUGAAAAUAUGAAUAAAGAAUAUAUAAAUUUAAGAGAAAAAAUUGCAAAAGCGGAAGGAGAAAGAUAAAUUAUUACGGAUAAGGAGAAGAAGAAGUAAAAGCAUUGAAUGUUUAAAUUCAUUUUCUAGAAAAAUAAAUUUCAGAGCUUAGAUUAGAUUAUGAAAAAAUAAAGAAAAAAAUGAAUAACUUCAUCAUCAAAUAUUAG